AUGGCGAAUACCCGUUACGAGACGGUGGUCGGCAUGAACAAGGGCCACAAGGUGACCAAGAACGACGGCUACCAGAACCGACCAUCCCGCAAGAAGGGUGCCGUCACCAAGCACAACAAGUUCAUCCGCAGCGUCGUUCGCGAGAUCGUCGGCUUUGCUCCCUACGAGCGACGAUCCAUGGAGUUGCUGCGUGUGUCCAAGGAUAAGCGUGCUCUGAAGUUCCUCAAGAAGCGACUCGGCACCCACCUCCGCGGCAAGAGGAAGCGUGAUGAGAUGUCCUCGGUCAUCGUCCAACAGCGUAAGGCCGCCGCCGCAUCUUCGGCGCAUCCGGCUAGUGCUUUUGCUGCGGCAGCACUCUCUAGAUCAGCUGAACAAGAUAGCUCACACACAUUCUACUGA